UUUUGUUUUCCAAAGUGGCGAUUAUCUUUAUUUAUACCUAUCACAUUAUUAAUUAUUAUGUAACCAUAUGUUUUUUUGGGGGCGAACUUAUGGCACCGUUUAUAAUUGGAUUGAAAAAAUGCAUUGAAUGUAGUUUCUGUUUUCCAUUUCAUUAUGGUUGUUUUUAUCUGAUAGAUUAAUAAAAAAUUGUAUUCACAGUCUCAUUAUAUUUUAGUUAUUCAGAUCAAGAACAGAAAUUAUCCAACUCCCGAGCCCUAAGUUCUUGGGGCUCCCUUGGUAAAUAAUAUGAAAUUAACACAAUCAAGUGUUCUCUCUGACCAAAUCUAAACAAGCGUAAUCAAGCAAAAUCAAGCGUUCUCUCUGACCUUUUGGAUUUAAACUCUACAUCCGAGAACCAUAAACUGUUACAUAACGUUACCCGUAAGUAGCAUAUUUUCAAACAGGAGAGACGCAUGGGCAUCAGCCCCCUGCCAUGCCCAGGGGCAAUCACGAAACUACCAUCAAACUUUGUUCAACACGACUAUUUGUAUAUGAAUAUUGACAAGUCAAAUAGAGAAGCUGUCUUUGAUAAAAAUAUGGAGAAUGAAAUAUUUAUUUUUACUCCAUUAUUUUUGUUUUUCUGUCUUAACUAUGCUUUAAAAGCUUGCACUCUCAUACGCAGCAAACACUCUCAUACGUAAUGCUUUGCCCUAACCACCUGUUUGACAUUAAUAGUGUAGUGCAAGCGGUAACAGUGCACAUUAUCUAUUAUUCAUUUGAGUCUUAGUGGUCUACGGAAAAGCUUUUGUGUCAAGAUGCUUUUUUUCCCACAAUAGUAACAAGUUACCAUAAACAGCUGAAUAGAUUCUUAUGAUGACAGAAAUUAUAUAGGGUUCAUGCUUUGGCCUUUAUAACAUACUCGGUUAUUACGUACUUUCGGAUACAACGUACUGGUGUGCUUGGUCCCGGCAAAAGGUUACCCAAAGUAUUUUCAGACAUGGCUCUUCAGGGAAUCAGUAACUACCGGUUCACCAACUGGGCUAAAACUUACUCUUGCCAACCAGAGCUGUUUUUUGAACCAGAAACUGUAGAGGAAUUGGCUCAAAUACUGAGACAAGCAUCAGCGGAGAGAAAGCGAGUCAGAGUCAUCGGAUUCGGACACUCUCCAUCAGACAUCUGUUGUACUAAUGACUUCAUGAUAAGGCUUUUCAAAUUCAAUAAAGUUCUACAUCUUGAUAAGAAUGAAAAUACUAUCAAGAUAGGUGCUGGAAUGAUGCUGAGGGACCUUAACACCAUUCUAGAAAACAAUGGUAUGGCCAUGUGCAACCUCCCUGCCAUUGAUGACAUCACCAUAGGGGGAAUCAUUGCUACUGGGACACAUGGAUCUGGCAUGAAUUUUGGCAUUAUUUCAACAUUGGUGAGAGACCUUGAAUUGAUGAAAGCCGAUGGAGAAAUAAUCUACUGCAGUAGGCAAUCAAAUCCAGAAAUAUUCAAAGCUGCCCUAUUAAGCCUUGGCUGUGUUGGGAUUGUAACAAGUGUGACUUUACAGUGCGAGCCUGCCUUCCGCUUACAUGAAACAGCUGAGUCUGCCCCUGUUGAGGAGACUUUGGCAACAUUUGAAGAUGAUUUAAAGAAAAGUGAGCAUUUCAAAUUCUUGUACCACCCUCAUACAGGCAACUGUGUGAAAUACCAUAUCAAAAGAAGUGACAAGCCUGUCGUUGAUCCAGGGGAGAGCUGGUUUUGGGACAGCUUUGUCGGCUUUCAUAUGUUGCAGUUUCUCUUGUACAUUGCGUCAUUUUUCCCACGUCUGGUCAACGUCAUCAAUAGAUUCUACCACAGUAUGUUCUUCAGAAAUCCAACUGAAAGAUGCAAUGCACCACACAAGAUUCUCCACUUCAAUUGCCUUUUUCCACAGUAUGUCUCCGAAUGGUCCUUCCCAAGAGAAAAGACAGGCUACGUCCUCCGAAGCCUUAGAGAUGCUAUUAGCAAGGAAAAUCUUCACGUUCACUUGCCAGUUGAAAUAAGAUUUGGUAAAGCUGAUGAUAUUUACUUGAGCCCCUGCUACAAAAGAGAUGUGACUUUCAUGAAUAUACUUAUGUUCAGGCCGUACUACAAAGAUGUACCAGGAAAAGAAAGAUAUUGGGCUAUUUACGAAUCUAUCGUCAAAUCAAUCGGAGGAAGACCACACUGGGCAAAGGCUCACAAAGUUGUACCUGACGAAUUACGUGAAAUGUACCCGGAAUUCGGGAAAUUUCUGGAAAUCCGCAAAAGCCUUGAUCCGAACGGCAUGUUCCUGAAUGAAUACCUGGAGCGCCACAUUCUUGGUACCACAUCAGUGCAAAUAUAAUAGUUGCGCUGUCCUAGUCUUAGAAGUAGAGAACAUUGCUUAUUUAUAACAUUGUUUUAUAUUUAAUCCUUUAUAUCGUUAGUUUCGACUCGCGCUUGCUUCCAGUCAACCAAACUGCCAUUGCAUUUCAAUAGUUGCCUACAAUGCCUGCCAAAAGUACUUGGAACACUUAGCAAUUUGCGUUGCAUUUUAUUUCUUCAUUCGCUUUCCUAAAAAAUUACUAUUUCCGCCCCUUCCCCCUAGAACAAUGUUCAUAAUUUAGAGAAGUAUCAUAGAAAAAGCGCAAAAAGAAAGUGCUUCAUAAAACCCUAACCCGUUUCAAAGAAAACCAACAUUGUUCCGUGGGGGAGAGGGGGGGAGAUUGAUUUUGACCUUGGAAACUGAUGUCUGUGUUCCAAGUCUUUUGGCAGGGAUUGCAGGUCGCAUCCUUUUUUCCUUGCAGGUUUCCCUUAAGUAUAUCCUUAAGCUCUAAGCGUUUCCUCGACAGCCCCUCUCAUUCAACUCUAUCGUAUUUUUACUUUUCACUGAGUGUUGAGUAAGAAUAUACUGUUUUGGUAUCUAAUAACUCAAUGUCUAAUAAUUUUGAUUUUAUUUCGUAACUGUGCUCAUUCGUCUUCUGUGCAAGAGUUUUUCACGUAAUGUGGUGUUUGUAUCAUGUAGACAUGCAUUAACUUUUUUUAAGUAAAAGUCAGAUAAAAAUCUUUGGAGUAUUUAUGGUGGUAUAUACGGUUAGUUCAUUCAAGUUUGGUAUUUAUUAUGUCUGUCACAAAUUGGACCGUCACAAAUUUAUUUAGAGGCUUGAAUUAAAAACUUAUUUUAACAUUUUUAUUUUUGCUUUUAAAGCUUCAAGUGUUAUAUGCUGUUAUUUACUUUCUGUCAAUAUAAAAGAUGCAAAUCUAUCAUUUUUUCCAUUAUUUUAAAAUCGAAGCUUUGUGUUAAAUGAUAUCUUCAAUUUUUGUAGGCUUUAUCAUUUAAUUUAUUUCCACCCAGCGUCCUCCUUUUGUUAAACCCCAGGGUACCGUCAUGCUUACGCGGCUUGGUUGGUGUGCAGUAAAUUUUCAAACCCCGAAAAAUAUAACAUAUCUAAAAAAUAUCGUUAUGCCUUUUCUCUAAAUUCACCAUUCUUGGAAUCUUCUUAUUUUCCAUUAUAACUCAUUUACAAAAAGUCUAGAAAUACUAAAAUUCCUAGAAUAGGUUUAUUCUAAAGGUGCAGAUCUACUAGUUUUCAUUGUCUUAAGUUUUUGAAUCAAAAUCUUCGAGUUUAAUAUCACAUGUCAAAUCCCUUUGACUAAUUAGCAAUAAGUAUAAUUUUGGCUGGCUGCCUAGUCUGAGCUUAACAAACAUAAGGUGGUUGAUAUCUCCUCUUCCCCAUUAUGAUAACUAAGAAGGGGCUUGUCCAUAGAAUUAAGGGGGUCAUAGGCUUUUGAUCUUGAAGGGGCAGAUAGAGAUCUAAUCCAGUUUUUCAUUGUUUUUAAAUCUUUUGACUUGUCGAUCUAAUUUUUGCAUAUUAAAGUCGUCGAAUAUUAUACAAUAAACUGCAAUGCCUGCCAGAAGUCUUGGUACAAAUCUUAAAGGUUUUGUUAUUUUGUUGCAGACGUCCUCCCUCUCCUCAAACAAUAUGAUUUUUAGAACUUCAAUCAGUUCAGUUCAUUUAAUUUCAAAAUUCCACAACAUACAAUUUAAUAGCAAGUUAACAACAACAAAUAUUACUAAACUACAAUAUGAAUAUGUCAUAAUUUGAGAAAAAAAAGGAAUUGCAUGCAGGGGAAUUUCUCGAGGAGAGGCUCUCUCAGUAGCUAGACUAAUCGAGGAGAGAGCACCCCCUAUUUAAAAAUGACUAGUGAAAUUGGGAAAUAGUUUCUGGGCAUUUAAUCAACUUCAUAAUUGAAUUCAGUUCAAUGAUGCCUUUUGAUACCCAACAUAUGACAGAAUCAUCUGAAGCAUCCUUCGUUGGGGGAAGGGGGUUGCGCUGAUUGAUUUAUUUGCAACAACGUUAAUGGAAGUAAUAAAUACCUACAUGGUACUUUAGAGACUUUUGGCAGGUGUUUUGCAUUGGAAUUUUUCCACCGCUAAAUGGAAAGUAAAGUUGUGGGUCUCCUUAUAACCAUGCUAGAUUGUAUUCAUUUGAAUUCUAAAUUCGCUUAUUAUAAAGAACAGCAUCAGCUGAAAAUCA